UACCUAUCAUAAUGUCAAAUCAAAACAACAAUCGCAACUAACGUAUCGCGGGUAUGUAGCGGUUCAAUUUUUUAUUAAUAAAUAAUAUUGAAUUGAAAUGUACUAAAGAAGUAAGUUUAAUUAUAAAUUAAGUGUAAAAACUCAUUAUGGAGAAAGUAAACUGGAGUUUACUUGUGAUAUCACUAUGUGUUUUGCUGUGGGGUGUGGCCGGCCAGUAUGAAUGGCAAAUUCGUGAUGCUUUUGACGAAAUUAGAGGUAAAGUCGACAAGGUAUCAGCGGAUAAUUGCUUUAUCACUCAUCUGGAUGAUUUGUAUUUACCAGAAGAUUCAGUUUCCCACCAUCCUGAUGUGAAGGAGAUAAACAUAAACCCAGUGUUUCCGAAUCGUACAGCGAUGUUGCAUUUACACAACAUGGCUAUGAACCGAGCAUUUUUCUGGAGUUAUAUACUUCAGUCCCGGUUUAUUAGGCCGGCUAUCAACGAUACUUAUGACCCUGGAAUGAUGUAUUAUUUCUUGUCGUCGGUGGCCGACGUGUCUGCGAAUCCUUACAUUAACGCCAGUUCGAUAUACUUCUCUCCAAAUAUGUCGUAUACGUCUUCGUACAGAGGCUUCUUCAAUAAAACUAUGCCUAGAUUUGCGCCUCGAGCAUUUAGGGCGGAUGAUUUUAAUGACCCUGUACACUUACAAAAGAUAUCUACGAUGAAUACAUUCCAUGUCGAGGAUCUUGGUGCAUUUGACCCAGAGAGUUUGUCUAAGGAUUAUACUUCAGAGUUCUAUAGAAUUAAUGAAUGGUACAAGAAGUGGCUACCUGACAGAGUGGCGAAGCGCCAUGACACGAAGACUACAUACCAGGUGGAGAUCAGAUAUGCUAACAAUACAAAUGAGACAUUUACCUUCCAUGGACCACCAGGCAAUGAUGAGAACCCUGGGCCAGUGAACUGGACUCGUCCAUACUUUGACUGCGGUAGACUGAACAAAUGGCUAGUGGCAGCUGUUUCUCCUGUGGCUGACAUCUACCCACGCCACACACAGUUCAGACAUAUUGAAUAUCCCACGUAUACAGCAGCCGUUGUGAUGGAGUUGGACUAUGAUAGGAUAGACAUAAAUCAGUGUCCGCCGAGUUUAGGUAAUGAUAGACCAAAUAGAUUUGCUUCAACUGCAAGGUGCAAGGAAACUACUGAGUGUGAACCGCUACAUGGAUGGGGUUUCCGUCGCGGUGGGUAUCAGUGUCGCUGCGCGCCUGGAUACAGACUGCCAAGUUUAGUACGACGUCCUUACCUCGGAGAAAUCAUAGAGAGGGCGACCUCUGACCAGUACUAUAAUAACUUUGACUGCAAGAAGAUCGGAUGGAUCCAGCGUUUGCCAGUACAAUGGGAGCGCGCGCACCCGUUCCUGCGCGCGAUGUACGUGGACCGCCACUACGAGUACGUGAACGCGUCGUCCGGCCCGGCCGCGCUACAUACCGAGCGAGUCAACCUCUACGAAGUGCUUAACUUCAUCAGAGGAGUGCAGCCUAACAAUUGUUCCAAAUACAAUCCCUCAGAUUUGUUCCUCAAUGGAGACAUUGCGUUUGGUCAUGAAGAACAGUUCGAAAACCAGGCCAAGAUGGCUGUACGACUUGCCAAUUUCAUUAGUGCAUUCUUACAAGUAUCAGAUCCUCAAGAGGUAUUCAGCGGUAAUCGCGUCGCUGAUAAGCCACUGACUGAAGAUCAGAUGACGGGAGAGACUCUCGCCAUUGUACUUGGAGACUCCAAGAUUUGGUCAGCUGGUACUUACUGGGACAGAAAUAAGUUCACCAACAGAACUUUCUUCGCACCUUUCGCCUACAAGACUGAGUUGAACACUAGGAAGUUCAAACUAGAAGAUCUGGCGCGAUUGAACAAAACUGAGGAAGCCUACACUAACAAACCAUGGUUCCAAUUCCUAAAGCAACGUUGGUCAACUAACUUCGACAGCCUUGAGCAGUUCUUCCUCAAAAUGAAGAUUAGGGAUGAUGAACUAGGAAAGUACUUGAAGAAAUAUGAAAGAUUCCCUACUUACUACCGCGCAGCUAAUCUGAAACAUGGACAUUGGACAAGGCCGUACUAUGAUUGCGACGGUCACGUGAAGCAAUGGGUUAUAACUUAUGCCGCACCAUUCUUCGGAUGGGACAGUGUCAAAGUCAAAUUGGAGUUUAAAGGUGUGGUAGCUGUAACAAUGGCGCUCAUGUCUUUGGACAUCAACCAGUGUCCGGACAAGUACUAUGUGCCCAACGCUUUCAAAGGCACCGACAAAUGUGACAGAAGCUCCUCAUAUUGCGUACCAAUCUUAGGCCGUGGUUUCGAAGCCGGCGGUUACAAAUGCGAGUGUCUACAAGGUUACGAGUACCCAUUCGAAGAUCCAAUCACUUACUACGAUGGACAAAUUGUUGAGGCUGAGUUCCAGAAUAUUAUUGCUGACAAGGAGACAAGAAUCGAUAUGUUUAAGUGCAGGUUGGCCGGAGCAGCGUCAAUACAGAGCAGUGUAAUUGUUAUAUUGACUGUUCUGUUCCUUGUUUUCAAACUAAGAUAGUUUUUUAAAGUAUUAUAGUACUAGCAGGUCAACACACUCAACUAAAUUCUUGAAGUUAGUCGAUUUUUAACUCUAUAGCUUAGUUUUAAAGUCGAAUUUGCGUAAGUUGGUGAACUGGUAUCUGUACGAUCAUAUUUGCCGACAAAAGUAUAAUAUUAUAUUGAUGACAUGAUAACAAUAUACAUAUCGAAUCCGAAUGAACAUAGAAAAGUUCAAUAUGAAGAGAUGUUUUUCUUGAAUUAUAAUCGCAAAAUUGGAAGUAGAGAGAAUGUUUAUUAGUUUCUAAUUUGUAGCUGAUAAUGUAGAUCUAGCAAUUAUUGUAUACAAGUCAGUUACUUUUUUUUGCCAUCUUGAGUUAAAGGUUAGCAAUGAAGUAUAAUAUUUUAGUCAUGAUUAUGUAUGUAGCAUUUACAUUACUAUUAAUUGCAAUAAAAUGGGCAGUAGAGACUAGUUUGCUCAGGGAAACUAAAAAAAAUAAUGUUUAACUUUGGAAUCAUGGCAAUAUAAUAUAUUAUCUAUAUUUAUCAAUUCCUGUUUACAAUAUUGGCAGCUCAUAAAAAGACAGAAACAAAUAAAGAAUAGCUAUAAGUAUAAGCUUUUAUAUCCACUAAACAUAUCGAAGACUUUUUAUGAAACUGUAGAUCUGAUAUUUUAUACAUUAGAUUAGAUUAGAUACACAACAUAGACUAUUAAUAGAUAUAUACUUUAAAUAAAUAGGAACAACAAGUAAACACAGAUCUAUGCAAAAUUAAAACACUUCAUUUUAAUUUAGAACAAUUAAUGUACCUUUCAUAUAAUAAAAAUAAAUCUAUGUGGUUGCUAAAUAUUAGUAUGACACCUAAAUAAUUAUAGUUCCUCCACAAAGCAGCUGAUAUAGAAUCUCUACGCAUUUACUUAUUAUCUUAAUAAUAUUUUAUGUACCUAUAUAUUUUCAUAAUUAUUAUUUCGAUUUAAUUUUUAAGUAUUUUGAUAUUAUAUAACUUAAAUACUGACUUAAUUUUUACGCAUACACUUUAUGUGUGUUGAACAGAAGGCCGUCCAUUAAAGGCUGAGAUCUUUACAAAUAUUACUGUAUAUUAAUAUUAUUACGUUUUUCAUAGCAACUGUAAGAAGUAAUAUAGAUAAGAUUUAGUUUUAAGGUGCAGCAACACUUGAUUCCCAUAAAACCUUAAAAAAGGAUGAAAUUUUGUUCUUUUUUAAGAAUUAAUUGAUGUUUUGCCUUUGGUUUAAAUGAAUAUUAAUGGGAGAUGCUAAUUUGCUUUGCACAUAGCUUUGUUUAACUACCGAAAGAGAAAGUGGCAAAGAGAAAAAAAAUAGUACCUUUCUUUUGAAGAAAAUGAAUAAACUUAAGCAGUAUAUCUAAGCUGGUCUUAAAAGGGUCUGAGAAUGAAUCAAAAUUAGUACAAAUAUCUUCCUCCAAAUUAUAGGCAGCUACACCUUAUAAAAUAUUCGUUGUUGCAAUGUGCAUUGUAAGGUUUUGUAUUAAAAACCAAAUGAUUUUUAUAUUUUAGUUAUGAUAUAUUAUUUUGCACAUUUGACAAUAUUUUUGUAGAACAUUAGAAUGUGUUCAAAUGAAAUCUCAAGGAAAAAGAUAAAUAACCAGAUUAUUUUUAUAUUUACGAAUAAAUUCGUAUGUUUUGCUUUUAUAAAACUUUUGUUCACUUUAUUAUAUUUUAAUAUGAAUUACUUAUAUUAUAUUCAACAUGGAAAUCGUAACACAUUAAUUGUAAAGUCAAAUAAGUAACACAGUAAUCAAUUAUUGCACAAGUUACUUUAUUUUAUUAAACAUUUGUACAUGUCGAUAUGUCAGAAGUAUACAUUGCUUGUUUGUAUAAUUUUAUUAUUGUAUAAAAUGAAAUCAAAACUUUAUAUUACAAUAUCAUGUAUACAUAAUUGAUGCAUCACUGAUAUUUACAUUAUAUUUUGAAUUGAAUUCACUCUUAUUUGUAAUAUCAAUCAAAUGGAAAGAUAAUACUUUUAUAAUGCUGUUUCACAAUGUCUGCAAGUUGUUGUUAAUAUAACUGACAAAUAUGUUGCGCACAGUCAAUACGGAAACUACUUGAUAGUUUCCUUCUGUUAGACUAAAGACAACUUAUCAGACAUUGUGAAAUGGUCCUAAGUACUAUGUAUCAAUGUAAUAUUAAAAUACUGUGAUUAUUCUCGUCUCAUUGUUAUGCAAUGUUGUAUACAUUACUCCACAAAAGAGGAUGCAUAUUGCAUAAAUUGUUAUAUUUCAAGAAAUAAUGGAAAUAUUGUUUCCAUUUCAUUUUAUUUUCUUUCCACAUUCCAAUGUUUCCAAUUCCAUGUGAAGUGAAUGUUGAUAAUAAUGUACCGUCCAUUACAGUGCCUUUUGUAAUAUUUUUAAUAAAAUCUUUGCAAUA